CGCUGUCACGGCAACCGCAACGCCCGGCGGCGGCGCCUCCUCGUCCCGGCAGCGAGCGGCGCGGCCCGGCGUGUCGCAGGGGAGCAGGGAAUGCUGUGUUAUUUUAACACAUCACCAAAAUGAGUGAAAAGGAAGAUCAAGCAGAUGUGGGUGAUUCAACAGUAAAUGCAGAAUAUGAGGAUGAUUUUGAAAAAGACCCAGAAUGCCUAACUGAUGAAGAAGAAAAACAAAACCCUGAAAAAGAGAAACCUGAAGAAAGGGAAGAGGAUGUUGAAGCACAAGUUCCUACAGCUGCAGACAGCUUUCAGGAAGGCAAUAAGGAAAUGGAAGAAAAACUAAAUCAGCCUUCAGAGGCAGAUGUAAAAGUGAAAGGAGAUACUGAACAGAAGCACCAUGAAUCUGGUACUGAGAGAGAAAGGUCUAUCCAGGAAUCCAAGCUGGAAAAUGAGCAGAAACUGGAUGAUGGAGAGGAUGAAGAAAUGAAGCGUUAUGUCUUGGAAAAGAUUGAAGGCGCCAACAAAGAGCUGGAAAAUCAGGCUCUUGAGAUUCAAAACAGAGAACGGAAAUUAAAAUUUAAGGAUGAGGCAGCUCUUCAGGCUCCUCCUCCAGAAGAUGCUGAAGUUGGUAAAACUGAUCUUGCAAGAGGAGAUGAUCUUUCAGUUGGGCUGUCUCUGAUGCAUGUUUCUGGUGACACAGGACAGAAAGGCACAUCGCUUUCAGAACGUGCUUGCUCAGCUGUGGAAGUGACAGAUGAUAGAGUCCUAGUGGAAAAAGGUGGAAAGUUUGAACUCUUAAGUUUACGUGAUAUUGAAAGCCAGGGAAUUUUGCUCCCUGUAGAUGUUUAUUUUACAGAUACCGGAAAUCCACUCUCCGAUUCUUUGACCCCUACCCUUCAAAUUAAAGAAUUGCCUUCAUCUGACUCUAAGGAGCAGCCAGAUUCUGCUUUGAAUGAUACAAGAGAUCUGGGAAAACAGAAGACCGAGUCUGCAAACACAUCCAUGAAGAGCUCCACUUACACUCUUACUCCCAGACAAAAAGAAUUAAGGAAGCAGAGAGAAAUGAGGAAUGAAAGACUGAGGAGAGAGGAAGAAGACAAGAAAAGGGAACUAGAAGACCUGAAGAGACAAGAGAAUGAAUUAGUUUUUAGAGCUUGGUUACAGAAGAAGAAAGUACAGAUACAAGAAGAAAAGCGAAUUCGUCGAGCAAAGCAGCUGGAAGAGAUGAGAAUGAAAGAGGUCAUCAGAGAUCCUGAAGAAGCCUACAGGUUAUGGCUUAAAAAAAAGCACCAACAAUAUGUGAAAGAAAGACGGAUAGAAUUUUUGAGACGUCAAGCUGAGGAAGUGCCCUUUAUUCCAAGGAGAGAGGAAUGUGACAGAGCUUUUAGAGACUGGCUGAGAAAGAAGAGAGAAGAGAAACAAGCAGCAGAACUGGCUGCUAAAGAGAGAGCCAGGCAGAUUAGAUUAGAAGCCAGAAGAGCAAGACAGAGGCGGAACAUCCACUAUACUUAAUUCAGAGCCAAAAUCCUCUUUUUGGGCCCUUCAUAGAUCAUUACAGUUUAAAAUUUGAUGUAACUGCAGAGUUCUUGGUGACAAU